AUGGCGCCUCAUCCCCUUGCCAUUCUCUCCGAGGAGGAGACAAACAUUGCCCGCGAGGUUGUUGUCGCUGCACACCCAAACACAGUUCUUCACUUCCGUGAGAUUUACUUGUCGGAACCCCCGAAAGAGCAACUCCAGGAGUUCCUGGCUAUCGAACAUGCAGGACGUCUCAGUCCAACUACGCCUCGCCCCCCUCGGCUGGCUUUGUGUCAGUACGAUGUGAUUAGCGGUGACCGCAUUCCAGUCUAUCAAGAGGCGGAGGUCGAUGUGAAUACCCGCAAGCGUGUGCAGCACAAGAUUAUUGGAAAGGAGCACCAUGCUGCUUUGACUUUGGCCGAAUUCGAGGUCUUGGUCGAACGGUGUUUCGCUUCCCCACUGUUCCAGAAAGCCAUGGAGGACUUUGACCUCCCCAAGGGCUUUGAGGUUGUCAUUGAGCCAUGGCCAUACGGUGGACGUGACCACUCCGAUCCCAACCGGCGUUUCUUCCAGGCUUUGUGCUUUGCGACAAAUACCACUAAGAAUAACGAGGAUGCCAACUUCUACUCUUAUCCUCUGCCCAUCAUCCCUGUCAUGGAUGCCACCACCCAAGAAAUUGUCCGCAUUGACCGUCCCGCGACCGGAGGUAAGGGUGAGGGAUUGCAUGAGCAGACCUUCUCCCGAGACAUUAUCGGCCAUUGCAAGGACUCCGACUAUGUACCAGAACUGCUGCCGAACGGAAGCCGGAAGGACUUAAAGCCACUGAACGUCGUGCAGCCGGAGGGCCCUUCAUUCAAGAUCACCAAUGAGUCACUUGUCGAAUGGCAGAAGUGGCGGUUCCGUGUCGCAUUCAACCCGCGUGAGGGUGCGACGAUUCACGAUGUCUGGUAUGAUGGCCGCAGUGUCAUGUACCGACUGGCUAUUAGUGAGAUGACGGUCCCAUACGCCGAUCCCAGGCCUCCAUAUCACCGUAAGCAGGCUUUCGACUUCGGUGAUGGUGGCGGUGGUAACAUGGCCAACAACCUGUCCAUCGGUUGCGAUUGCCUAGGUGUCAUCAAAUACUUCGAUGCCGUCAUCACCGGUGCGGACGGCAAGGCCCAGAAGCUGCCCAACGCAAUCUGCUUGCACGAACAGGACAACGGCAUUGGUUGGAAGCAUUCCAACUGGCGGACCGGCCGUGCUGUGGUGACUCGCCACCGGGAGCUCGUCGUACAGUUCAUCAUCACCCUCGCUAACUAUGAGUACAUCUUCGCGUACAAGUUCGACCAAGCAGGAGGUAUUACGGUCGAGUCGCGUGCCACGGGUAUCUUGAACGUGGUCAACAUUGACCCCGGCAAGACGAGCGAUUACGGAAACGUGGUCAGUGGAGGUGUUCUGGCCCAGAACCAUCAGCAUAUCUUCUGUGUUCGUAUGGAUCCUGCCGUCGAUGGAGCAAACAAUUCCGUUGUCAUUGAAGAAUCACAUCCCGUACCCAUGAACGAAGCCACCAACCCCAACGGUAACUACUACAAGGUCACGAAUCAGACGAUUGAGCGCGCCACCUAUCUGGAUGCCGCCCCGCAGCUGAACAGAGUGGUUAAGAUGGUCAACCCCAACAAGACCAACCCAAUUAGUCAGAAGCCUGUGGCAUACAAAUUCACACCUUUAGCCACCCAGACGCUCUUGGCGGAUCCGAACUCCAUCCAGGCUAGGCGUGCCCAGUUUGCCCAGCACCAUGUCUGGGUCACCAAGUACCGUGACGCUGAGCUGUAUGCUGGCGGUCGCUACACGCUCCAGAGCCAGGUAGAGGUGGACGGUGUGGCCGACGCCGUCAAGCGAGGGGACGCCGUCGACAACACUGAUGUCGUGGUCUGGAGCACGUUCGGUAUCACCCAUAACCCUCGUGUUGAGGAUUGGCCCGUUAUGCCAGUCGAGAUCUUCCAGCUCAUGAUCCGCCCAUCGGACUUCUUCACCGAGAACCCAGCGAUCGACGUUCCGUCCGGCAAGAAUGCUGCCUCUCGCGUCGUUCAGUCGGAGUGCUGCCGGAACUCGCAUAUUUAG